UUUAUUCGCAAAUCUCCAAAAAAAUGAACUCAGCCGGAGCUAAGAUUACGCCCUAUAUAGUUGCUUCCGGCAUCCAGAUUAUCGGCGGGUUCGCUAUCUUGAUUGCUGAAAUUUCUGGUGCAGCGCUGACCGAUGGCCAAGGAUCCGCGACCGGUUACAUGGGUUAUCCCAUCGGCAUCUUCUACAUGAUAACCGGCAUCCUGGGCAUUGUCGCCGCGCGCAGUCAUUACGCGCGCUGUCCGAUGGUGGCAUCGCUGGUCAUGAGCGUCUUCUGCAUCCUACAAGCCAUCGGCAUGAUGGGCUGGCAGGGCCUCGUCAUCGCCAAGUGGUGGGGCUGGUUGAAGCCCGGUGUCGGCGGAGUCAUCGGCUCGCAGCUGGCCUUCUUCGCGGUCGUCUUCACCGCCAGCAUCGUCAAGUGUGUCUUGGUGUGUCGUGGCCUGCCGGACGCGGCGCCCUAUGUCCAACAGGUUGACCAGCCGGGAGCGUACGUUACGGCGGGGUUGCCCGGACAAUCGCCUCCAGGGGGAAUGCCGUAUCCCGGAUAGCAGACUGCAGCGUAU